AUGGGACAAUCAAUUCUAGGUUGGAAACAUUGCAUUCCAGUAACUGUUGUUGAUGGAACAUUCCUAAAAGCUGCAUUUGGGGGUACACUUCUCAUAGCUUCAACACAAGAUGCAAAUAUACACAUCUUCCCAUUGGCUUUUGCUAUAACAGAUUCUAAAAACAAUGAUUCAUGGGAGUGGUUUUUCAGAAAAAUAAAAGAAUGUUAUGGAGAAAGAGAAGAGUUGUGUAUAGUUUCAGAUAGACAUGAAAGCAUAGAGAAUGCUAUCAAAAAUGUCUAUCCAAAUGUAACUCAUGGAGUGUACGCCUACCAUCUUUUCUGCAACAUAAAUACCAAGUUUAGAAUAGAUGUAGAAGCAACCAACAUGACAUUUCAUGCUGCUGCAAAAGCUUAUAACAUGGAAGAUUUUGAGAAGUACAUGAAGGACUUGGACAAUUUACAUGAAGGAAUCCACCCUUUUCUGGCCAAUGAGGUUAAAUAUGAAAAGUGGGCAAGAAUCUACUCCAAAAGUCGUAGAUGUGCAGCUAUGACUUCAAACGUAGUUGAAUCCAUUAAUGCGGCACUAAAAGAAAUGAGAGAGCUUCCAGCAACAACAUUACUUGAGUGCCUUAGAAACCUCAUUAAAAAAUGGAGCUGCAACAACAAAAAAGAAGUAGAAGCAACCUUUACAGACUUGCCAAAGAAACAAGAGGAAUACUUAAGAAAUAACUUUUUCAAGUCAUUAAGAAUAAUGGUAGAAACAGCUAGCAUACUCAUUUAUAGUGUACACAGUGGUUUAACAACAAAUAUUGUAGACAUUGCAAAGAAAUCAUGCACUUGUAACAAGUUUGAUUUGGAUGAAUUACCUUGUGAACAUGCCAUGUCAGUCAUUAAAAAGAUGAACCUUCAAUAUAAAAGAUAUUGCUCAUAUUAUUUCACAAAACAAGCCAUGUUGAACACCUAUAAUGCAUUAAUACAUCCAUUGGGAGAUCCAAAAACAUGGAUAGUUCCACCUAAUGUUGAGGAAAUAGAAGUACUACCUCCAAAGGGAAACAGAAAAAGUGGAAGGCCAAGGAAAAAGAGGCUUGUUUUAGCAAGAGAAGGGUCUUAUCAGCUUAAAUGUCGAAGGUGUUGA